AUGGCUACACAAGAGUUCGUAUUUGAGGUGCAUUAUGGAGGUCAUAUAGAUAGGAGGUUCAUGAAUUCAUAUGUUGGGGGAGAUGUUGAUGUGUACAAGACGGAUGUCAUUCCACAUGAUAGGGUGUCAUUUUCAGUUGUAGAGGAUAUUGCUAAAAGAUAUGGGUACAAAUCCGGGGACUUGAUUUAUUACUUACUGCCAGGGUGUACUCUUCGAAAUGGGUUGAAAUUAAUCACAUCGAACUUUGAUGUAAAUGAAAUGGUUCAAGCCCACUUGGGUUUACCAAUUGUUGAGUUGUACAUCAACUCAUUUAAUGCCUCCAUACCUGACAUUGAUGAGGGUAAUGAUGAAGAUGAUAAUGAUAAUGACGAUGAUGAUGAUGAGAGGGGGUAUUCUAGGAUCGAGCGUGACGAUCCAUAUUGGGAAGAGGUAAAUGAACCGGAUCUGUUUGUGGAUAAUGAUGAUGUUCAUGAUGAUGUUCCUGGGCCAUCUAUGGGGAGGGGGGGCGAAGAGAGCGAUGAAAGUGAUGAGGGUGAAGAGGAAGGUGAUGAAGAGGAAGGUGAUGAAGACGAAGGUAGGGGAGUCGACCAUACUAACAGUGGAUUUGAUUAUGAUGAAGAUGCAAACUCAGACAUGCCACGCAGUAACAUUCUUACAUCUCCUCCCAUAAGUGAUGAUGAGUAUGAGGUGACCUCCCAGAGGAGACAUGUGACAGAGCCUUCUGAGUUCCAAAUGGCUGACAUGGGUAACACAGAGUUUGUGGUGGGUCAAAAAUUUUCGUCAAUCCAGGUUUUCAGAAAUGCAGUUAGAGAGACUAAUGUAAACAUGGGGAAGGAUGUAAAGUUUAGGAGGAAUUACCUUGCGAAAUGUAUAGUGGUAUGCAGUGAUACGCGUUGCAAAUAUAGGAUUUAUGGGCGCAAGUGCAAGGAUGAGGAAUCCUUUGAAGUUCGAUCAGUUCAGUCCGUACACAAAUGUAGGAGGAAACACAGUAAUUUUAUUUUGAAAUCGUCUUGGAUUGCAGAUAAGUUGAUUGAGAAGUUCAGAGCACAACCCAACAUGCCUGUAAAGGCAAUGGUAGAGACAGUGAAAGAAAGAUGGGGUGUAGAUGUGAAGGAGCAUAGGUUGUAUCGGGCUCGGAGACUUGCAAAAGACAAGAUACGUGGCAGUGUGAACGACCAGUACAAGAAGUUGUGGGACUUUUGUGAGACAAUCAGGAGAACAAAUAUUGGCAGUUGCGUAAUGAUGAAAAUAAAGAGGCCAUUACCCGAUAAGCCCGCAAAAUUUCAAAGGUUGUACUUCUCCUUAGCCGCCAUGAAAAGCGGUUUUCUUGCUGUUGUAGGCCCAUCAUUGGGUUGGAUGGGUGCUUCUUGA